AUGCAGUCAUUAUAUUAAAUGAGUCCAAAAUCAACGCCUAAGAAUAGAUAACAAUUCUAAACUUGUUUUGACUACAAUGAGUCACCAUUUUUGAGUCCAAAGGUAGAAUCUUUUGAAUUGCACAAAUAUAAAGUGAGAACCUUGAAACCAAAAACUUUUCUUGAAGGUGAUCUUGCUAGAGUCAGUAAAUCAAAAAAUGCCAUAUAUACAAAUAAUAAUGAAUGCAUAAAAUGUAAAGGUGAAAAAGGGAGUUUAGCAAUCAAAUUAUGCAAUUGCAUAGAUACAUAUUACCAUAUAAUUUGUAUCUUAGAUUAUGCUAAUCUUUAUCCUAAAUUAGGACUCAAUUUGUUUCGAUGUUAAAUUUGUAAUGACUAUUUUCCGAUUGAAAUCAAUGAAAAAAUGAGCAUCUCAAAUUUAAGCGCAAAAGAAAAAUUCGCGUUUUUAAUGGCCUUUUCUCUACUAUGCUCUUUGAUUACACUAGAAAUUUUGAUCUUCGUAUUAUUUGAAUUGGAUCACAUGAAUCAAAUUUUAUUAAUAAUACUAAUAAUUAUUGAAUUAUUAGUCUUAUUAAUAAUAAUCAGUAAAUUUUAUCAUUUAUGUUAUUUAAUCGAAUAUGAUAUAAAGGAGUAUAAACUUGGACAAGAGUAUAAUUAAUCACAAUUGGAAUCCUUCACUCUUAAAAUUGUCAAAUAACUUUAAUAUAAAAGAGCCAAGAGGAUCACAUUUAAUGAACCAUGA